AUGGUGGAUGGGUCGUCCACUGCCAAUGGUUGUGGAGCUGGGAUCAUCUUUCAGUCACCUGAGGGAGACAAGUUUGAAUACGCCAUGAAAUUUCAGUUCAAGGCUUCAAACAAUGAAGCAGAGUAUGAAGCUCUGCUAGCCGGCAUCAAAAUGUGCAAGGCGGCCGGAGCCCUGGAAAUUGAAGCAAAGACGAACUCUCUACUGGUAGUCAGUCAAGUCAAUGGAGAUUUUGAAUGCAAAGAAUCAUCCAUGAGUAAAUACAUGAAUUUGAUUAAGGAAGAAAUAAAAACAUUGAAACGAUUUGUUCUCGACCAAGUCCCAAGGUCGGAGAAUCAUCAAGCCGACGCUCUCUCAAAAUUAUCAAGCUCGGCCAAAGGGGAUGAGCCGAGGACUGUGUUUUGGGAGAUAAAGUCGGCCAAGAGCAUUGAUCAGAAGGAGGUUCUGUUCCUCGGCCGAGGAAACGUCUGGAUGAGCCCCAUCAUAGAAUACAAGAAACCAAGACAACUGCCCACUAAUCCUUUGGAAGCUAAGUAUGUAAAGGCCAGGGAUAAGUGGUUUGAGCUGUGGGAUGGAACUCUCUACAAAAAGGCUUUUAACCGGCCACUCCUCAAGUGUAUUUCUCGAGAAGACGGCCUAGAAGUCCUAAAAGAGCUGCAUGAAGGAGCUUGUGCUUCCCACAUUGGGGGAAGGGCAUUAGGAGAAAAGGUCUUAAGGACUGAAGCCGUCCAACUAUCUGACUCCGGUUCUCUUUCCCCUCCCCUUGCCAAAUGGGGAAUGGAUAUCCUUGGGCCCUUCCCUGUAGCAGCCGGCCAGAAAAAAUUGGUGAUAUUAGCAGUAGACUACUUCACAAAAUGGGUGGAGGCUGAAGCAAUGAGAGGAAUCACCACUAAUGAUGUGAAAGGAUUCGUCUGGAAGAACCUCAUCAAAAGGUUUGGGAUGCCUCAGUCUAUCAUUUUUUACAAUGGGCCACAGUUUGAGACACCCAAGCUCCGUGAAUGGCUGGCCGAUCAGGGUAUUAAAGCUCACUUUGCUGCAGUUGCUUAUCCUCAGGAAAAUGGACAAGUUGAAGCCUUCAACAAGAUCUUAUCAGCAGGAAUUAAGAAGAAGCUAGACAAUGCAAAAGGGUUGUGGGUAGAAGAGUUACAGUUGGUUCUCUAG